CAAGAUAUAACAACUUUAAAUAAGUUACCUUUAUAAUUAUCUAUAUGUUUAUCAUACUUUCUCCAAGACAUAACUUCUUAGCUACAGCUGCUAGAUCAAUUUAUAUAUAUAUUUUUUGCUAGCUAACGUCAAGUUAUGCCUCAAGAGAUUCAAGGGGGAGAAGAACAGCUCCCGUUGGUAAGGUCUCUGAAAAGCAGAAUACCGUCGAUUGCAGUGUUUUGUAACCGGAGUCCUCGAAUCAUGCGACCAGUAUGGAUUAAUUUCCGCGGGGAACCUCAAACCUACGAUAUUUUACAGCCAGGAAGAGGAAUGAGAAUGAACACCUUCGUAGGUCAUCCUUGGAUGUUCAGAGAUGCAGAGACAGAUGAGGCGCUGAAGGCGAAUAGUAAAGAGAUGUUCCUGCCCAAACCAAUGGAGAAUGGACAGGCUGUCCAGGUUAACAUCACAUUACCAGUCCUCAGCUUGAAGGAGCGUGCCCUCCAGGUAGUGCGGCGCCUGGUCCGUCCAGAGGACUACAGGAGGCUGGAGAUUGCUCGGUGUCUCCAUGAGGAACUGGAGGACCGUCCCAGCGUGCUGAAGGACCUGAUGCGUAUCGCCCAGCGCGUGGAACAGCGCCUCCUAGAAGACAGGCAGCAACCCCAGGAUGCAUGCGGAGCAACUUAGAGUAGGAGUUCUUAUAUAGAUAUCGCUAUAUGGCUCUGAAGUUGAUGUUUCUGAAUCUAUCAAAAUAAUAAGAUAACAGAAUGUAAGAUGGUUUGAUUGGACACUAGGAGGUCAGGGUUGAAUUCACUGCUGUAGCGACUACCGAGGGUCUUCUCCAUCAUUUUUUGUUGUUGUUGCAAUUGUUUAAUAUGGUCUUUGUAGCUUAGGAAAAAAAUGUGUAAACCAAUUCAGUGGUCUGACUUUAGAGAAGGGAUCAUCAACAUGAUUCAGCUGCUGGCUGUUUUUUUUGUUGUUGUUGCAGAUUGUCAGGUGGUUGGAACAUAAUUACAAUUCAUUUGUUGACUGCAAAAUCACUGCAAGAAGCACAAACAUAUAUAAUAUUUGACUAAAGCAUAAUAAUUUCAAACCUUGCUUACAUUUGUACACUGUCACAUAUCUCUCUUUUAUGCCACAUUGGAAUACUUUGGAACAGAUUUCCAAAAUUUCAAUCACUUGGAGCUGAUUUGAUGUUUUUUUGUUUUUUUUACAUUUUAUGUCCAACUAAUAUAUAUAUAUAUAUAUGUCAUCAAGGCAAAGGGUGGACACUUAUAUAUAUUAUUUUUGCUCAGAAAACUUGGCUGACCAAAUAAAAUCCCCCACUGGUUGGGGAACCCUGCUUUAGAGCGUUUAAGACUUUCAAGCAGGUUUUGCUCAUCAGCUUGUUAAUCAAAUUUACUGGGUUUGGAAUAGAUUAAGUAAACCAAAAUAUAUUGAUUUAGCUUGAUUUACACGUUAGCGUGUACACGUUUUUUAUUUACAUACUGUAACUUUAUAAUGAACAACCUCCAACGUAUUUAUUGAUCAUAAAAUGUAAAGAUGUGAGAAAAGAUGUACAGGUUUGAAUGAGGGAUGGGUCAAAGUAACUAUUAUAAACUGGGUGGUUCGAGCCCUGAAUGCUGAUUGGCUGACACCUUUGGUAUAUCAGACCAGAUACUACAGGUAUGACAAAACAUUUAUUUUUACUGCUCUAAUUUCGUUUGUAACCAGUUUAUAAUAGCAAUAAGGCACCUCGGGGGUUUGUGGUAUAUGGCCAAUAUACCACAGCUAAAGGUUGUGAUGCGUCAUGCCUACGAACAGCUCUUAGUCGUGGUAUAUUGGCCAUAUACCACACCCCCUCGUGCCUUACUGCUUAAGUAUAGGAAUAUAUACUGAGUGUACAAAACAUUAAGAACAUCUUCCUAAUAUUGAGUUGCACCCCCCGGAUGCCCUUUUGUUGGUGGACCGUUCUUGAUACACACGGGAACCUGUGGAGCAUGAAAAACCAAGCAGCAUUGCAGUUCUUGACACAAAAUAGUGCGCCUGGCUCCUACUACCAUACCCCGUUCAAAGGCGCUUACAUUUUUUUGUCUUGCCCAUUCACCCUCCGAAUGGCACACGCAAUCCAUGUCUCAAAAAUACUUAUUUAACCUGUCUCCAUCCCUUCAUCUACACUGAUUGAAGUGGAUUUAACAAGUGACAUCAAUAAGGGAUCAUAACUUUCAGCUGGUCAGGCUCAUGGAGCAGGUGUUCAUAAUGUUUUGUACACUCGGUGUAUAUUGCAAACAACCUUUGAGGCUACGUGAAAAAUACAUACUGUAUGUAUCUAAGUGCCUGUUUUUUUUGCAGUGUUUUCUAUUUGUAAUAUAUUACACAUAUGCAAAAGACUGAUACAUAAACCUAAUAAAUGUUUAUGUUCUUG